GCAGCAGGAGGAGGAGCAAGAGAAGGAGACGGAGCAGGAGGAGGUGUCCGUCUCCAUCAGAGGAGGAGGAGGAGCUGGGUGUGGAACCAGUUCUUCGUCCUGGAGGAGAACACCGGAGACGAGCCGCUGUACGUCGGAAAGCUCCACUCUGACGUGGACAGAGGUGAUGGUCGGGUCAGGUACAUCCUGAGCGGUGACGGAGCAAUGUCCGUCUUCACCAUCGAUGAGAGGACAGGAGACAUUCAUGCCACCAAGAGGCUGGACCGGGAACAGCAGCCGUACUACACCCUGAGAGCACAGGCUCGAGACCACCUCACCAACCUACUGGUCGAACCUGAGUCCCAGUUCGUCAUCAAAGUCCAGGACAUCAACGACAACGAGCCCAAGUUCCUUGACGGACCUUACACUGCCAUGGUGGCUGAGAGGUCUCCUGUAGGUGUGGUGCGGACAGCUCUACCUGACAUGGACCGAGAGGUGCAGGACCAUUACCUGCUGAUCGUCCAGGCCAAAGACAUGAUUGGUCAGAUGGGUGGUUUGUCCGGAACUACCUCUGUCACAGUGAGGCUGACUGAUGUCAACGACAACCCCCCUCGCUUCCCCCGCAGUAAUUACCAGUUCAGGGUUCCAGAAUCGACACUGGUUUCCGCCGUAGUCGCUAAGAUCAAAGCCCUGGAUCUAGACAUCGGUCCAAACGCUGAGAUGGACUACAGGAUCCUGGAUGGAGAUGGACUGGGAACCUUCAGGAUGAUCACUGAUCCGAACACACAGGAGGGACUGAUCACGCUGCAGAAGACUCUGGAUUUUGAAACCAAGUCGAGCUUCACACUGCGAGUUGAGGCAUGCAAUCGUUACGUGGACACUCUUUUCCUGACCAUGAGUCCAUUCAGCGACGUGGUGACGGUUCGUCUGCUGGUGGAGAACCUGGACGAGCCUCCAGUCUUCUCCUCCUCCGUCAGUCGGAUGAUGAUCUCUGAGGCAGCUCCAGUGGGAACUGAUGUGGGAUCAGUUUCAGCUCACGAUCCCGAUGCCAAGAGCAGUCCCAUCAGGUACUCGAUAGACUGGAAGUCAGACGUGGAGCAUUACUUUGAUGUUGACAGCAGUUCAGGUGUGAUCACAACAGCCCGACCUCUGGACAGAGAGGUCAUCGCUCUACACAACAUCACCAUCCUCGCCAUGGAGAGCCUGGAUCCGUCUCAGGUGGGGAAAGCUGUGGUUCUAGUCUCUGUGACGGACGUUAACGACAAUGCUCCAAGCUUCGCCGUUGAGUACGAAACCUUCGUCUGUGAGAACAGCCGACCUGGACAGCAGAAAUUCAAACACGAAGAUUCGGAUCACAAAUGUUUUUAUAGAACAACAUAUGAGUACGAGUACGAGUAUGAACAUAUGAAAUAUGAGUUUUUAAAACUGGAUGUUUGA